AUGACCACCAUCCUAAUUGUUCCUGGCGCUUGGAUCGCUCCGGCAUUCUACCGGCCAUUCAUUCAAGCUCUCGAGGUCGCUGGCUACGAUGUUCACUUCGCGGGCUAUCCCUCAUUCAAUUCCGAGGAGCCGUACGCAAACAACUGCCAGGCGGAUGCCGAUGCUGUUACUGCUCCUCUCAAGUCUCUCGUGGAAGGAGAGGGCAAAGAUGUUCUGGUCUUUAUGUACUCCUAUGGCGGCAUGCCCGGCGCCGCAGCGGCUACCGGGCUAGCCAAAUCGCAGCGGGCGCAAGAGGGCAAAGCCGGUGGGAUCAUUGGACUACUAUUCCUUGCAGCCUUUGUUGUGCCCGAAGGCAUCAGUUGUGCAGGUAUUCAGGGUGGGAACUUGCCCCCCUGGAUCUUGACCGAUCAGCCCAGGGUGAAUCUCAAUAUCGCAGAUGAUGCUAUUAACAGAUUUGCUGCCGAUGUCAAUCCGAAAUUGGCCCAAUCUCUGAUCGCAGAAGUCAAACCGCAUUCAACAAUGUCUUUCACCUCGCCGCAGCCCCAUCCGGCUUGGGCGGACAAGGCGUUCCAAGGACGAUUGGCGUUUAUCGUUACUACUGAGGAUCGUGCAGUGUUGAAGGAGGCGCAAUACGGCAUGAUGGCUGCCACGCAGAAGAAGUGGAUAGUCAAGGAGCUAGCGUCCAGUCACUGUGCGCCGUUCCUCGAUCGUAUCGACGAGACAGUGGGACUGACCCGGGAGAUCAUCGACCAACUCUUAUUAUAG